GGGGCCCGUCAGCCGUGCGCUGAGGAGAAGCGAAAGCGAAGGGAAGGUUGCGGACGCCGGGGGAUCCCCGCGCCAGUGGAGGUGGCAGCGCCGCUGCCUGGCGGGUGAGACGCGUGGGGGAACGGGCCGCGUGUGUGCGCGUGCAUGCGUCCCGCAAAGUCCUCGGCCACGGUCUGUCACUUCAGGGCGCUGCCACGGAGCCCGGACGGGCGCUCCCGCCUCAGAUGGUGGUGCCCCGGGCAAGGCAGCAGCCCCCGAUGCUGUGCUGCAUGCCCGGCGUGGCUUUCGUCCCCGCUCUGCUCGUCAGCUGGUCCUCGGCCGCCUUCAUCACAUCCUAUGUGAUCGCCGUGCUGAAGGGGCACGUCGAGCCCCUCGUCCCCUACAUCAGUGACACUGGAACUAAACCUCCAGAGAGCGGUAUCUUUGGUUUUAUGAUUAAUAUUUCAGCACUUUUAGGUGUAAUUACAAUGUGCAUCAGAUAUUUAUUAAUAGAGAAGCAAAAUGAGUCGUCGCACUUUAUUAGGUCUUCAUGCAAUGUGUUUUCAUUAUGUAUUGGAUUGAUGGGCUGUACUGGAAUGGGCAUAGUUGCAACUUUUCAGGAGCUGUCUGUUCCCAGUGUCCAUGACAUAGGAGCUUUGGUGGCAUUUGGCUCCGGUGUUGUAUACAUUACCCUUCAAUCUAUAAUCUCUUACAAGUCCUGUCCACAAUGGAACACUUACCUGGUGUGUCACAUAAGGAUGGCCAUAUCUGUAACAUCAUGUAUUGCUUUCAUUCCCAUUUUCCCAGUGAUUGUGUUUGCUUCAAAAAUUUCCGUGACAAAAAUUGAUUGGACUCCAGAUGAAAAGGAUUAUACCUAUCAUGUUGUGAGUGCAAUCUGCGAAUGGACGGUGGCCUUUGGUUUUGUCUUCUUCUUUUUAACAUUCAUUAGGGAUUUUCAGAGAGUUUCUUUAAGGAUAUCAACAGAAAUAUAUGAAGACUCCUGAUAGUGGAAAAAAUUAUAUUUUAUAUAUAUGAAUAUUUUAUAGGUUUCUUUUUACUCACAGAAAAUAUUACAGAGGGACAGGGUUUUAUAAAGUUGUAUAGAGAACCCAUGCCAUUAACUCCACAACAUCUAUAACAGCAUCCACUAAAUCAUUUUAAAAACUUGCAGCAAUGUUCCUGCUACUUUUUCUGCAUUUUGUAAUUUUUAUACUGUUUGGUAUAUUAAAAAUACUGUAAUAGAAGCAAUCUGCAGAAGCACUUGAAAGUUAUUCAAAGACCUAAUUUCCUUAGCACUUUGCUUUUGGACAUAUCUGUACCUUUUCAUUUGCUGUGGUCUGACUGGUAACAUUAAACUUGAGAAAGUAUGUUUUGCAAAUAGUUAGGAAAGUCUAAAAAGAACAGAAAACACUAAGGCUGAAUUCCUGUUCUGUUAAUUGGCAAGGGCUGUGGAAGAAAGCGUGAGCAGAAUUGGGCAUCUUUGUUUCAAGACUAGAAAUUUGCAGUUAGUAGAUGGCAACACUAUGCUACAUCUUUCCGAUAGUGGACACUGUAUACAAAUACAAAUCCUAGGAGAAGAUUAAACGACGCUGCUUGAAAAAUGUUGUCUAAUCAUCACUGCACUGUGUGUUUGUAAGAGUCUACCCUUUUUCCCCCUUCAUGCACUGAUGGCCAUAGGAAGCUUGAAACUGAAGUGGGAAUAGAAAGUAAAUUUAUGAUGUACUAAAUGCACGAUCUACUAAAGAGAAACCUUAGUUAUAACUUGGUUAAUAGAAGGCAGAAGUUUUCCAGCUGUAUUUCAACCUACAGUUUCACCCUACAGUUGAAACAGAAUGAAGAGGGCCUACAAAAGUCACUGGGAGCAAAUGGAAAACGAGGUGGCGCUAUAAGUUCUCAGUUGUUCAGUUGUAUGUGUAUCAGUUUUAUAUAUACGUAAAACUGAAGAAAAAAAAAAAAUCCUGGAGAGCUUCGAUAGUGAAAAUAGGGCACAUUUGCUGCUAGAAACUUACUUCUGUAAUGAAAGUCUGGGAAAAGAACUAAUUGAGAGGUCAGAUGUUACAAGUAUCUGGAGGCAAAAGGCUAUUCUGUGGACUGAUCCACUACCUCCAUUUUGUGCACUAACCACUUGGCUAUCAAUCAAGUUCUCUGAAAAUUGCAUUUGCCAUGGUCUAUCGCAGUUUAUGCAGAAAUAUUGAUGAUUUUCAGUUGCUAAUUUUCCAUAAGAUUAUAAAAAAAGUGUUUUGGAGAGUGGUGUCUGAAGACUGUCAUCUAUUGAUAUUUCCUUUAAUGUGUAUUUUAAACUGUAUUAAAUUCAGCUGUUUCACGAAUUAA